GGCGGCGGGCGGGGGGCUCGGGGCUCCCCCGGCGGCGGGCGUUGUCCCCGUCCGGGUCCCCCCCAGGUGUCGGGGUCCGGCUGGCACCUCGCGUGCUCUGCCCGCCUUGCGCGCAGGGGUUGCAGCUUGCCCGUUUCCUGGUCUGGCAGAGAGAGGCAGUGCUGAGUUGGAGAGACAAAAAUAGCCCUUCGGAGAGAAAUAUAGGGAUUGUGUGCGCGGUGGGGAGGGAGCGAGGAGAGCGGCACCAGGCUGGUUUCCAGGAGGAGCCCUGCGCUGCCUCUCCGCCGUUGCAUGUUAGCCGUUCGCCGACGGAUCGCUGCCCCCCGCCCCCUCCCUGCUCGGGCACGGCCACCUCCGGCGGCUGCUCCCCGCAUCUCCUCCGGGGAGGGAAACAAACAAACUCUGUUUCGAUCAGAGGGCGACCAGAGACCAUUUUAUCAGAGCGAGGCGGGGGCAAGAAGCAAAGAGAAACCGCCGCAGGGAUAUCGGGAUUUUAGAGCCUGGUCUUCGACGCCUCCCUCCCCCCCCCCUCCCCUCCCUCCCUCCCCUUCCCCCUGUAAAUAACCCGCUGCGCAAAGCCAGCGCUUUGACAUCCCUCCCCGGCAGCGGCUAUGGGGUGUUUGGGCAACAGCAAAACGGAGGACCAGCGUAUCGAUGAGAAAGCGCAGCGAGAAGCCAACAAAAAAAUAGAGAAGCAGUUGCAGAAGGAGCGGCUGGCUUACAAAGCGACGCACCGCUUGCUCCUGCUGGGGGCUGGUGAGUCAGGGAAAAGCACUAUUGUGAAACAGAUGAGGAUCCUGCAUGUCAACGGAUUUAAUUCAGAAGAAAAGAAACAGAAAAUACUGGAUAUUCGGAAAAAUGUUAAAGAUGCGAUUGUGACUAUAGUUUCAGCUAUGAGCACUUUAAUACCACCAGUUCCAUUGGCCAACCCAGAAAACCAGUUUCGAAUGGACUACAUCAAGAGUAUAGCUCCUCUUUCUGACUUUGACUAUACACAGGAAUUCUUUGAACAUGCAAAAAAGCUCUGGGAUGAUGAAGGUGUGAAGGCAUGCUUCGAGAGGUCAAACGAAUAUCAACUGAUUGACUGUGCACAGUACUUUUUAGAAAGAAUUGACAGCGUCAGCAUGGAUGACUACACACCCACAGAUCAGGACCUAUUAAGAUGCAGAGUUUUGACAUCAGGGAUUUUUGAAACAAGAUUUCAAGUAGAUAAAGUAAAUUUCCACAUGUUUGAUGUAGGUGGCCAGAGAGACGAGAGAAGAAAAUGGAUUCAAUGCUUUAAUGAUGUCACGGCUAUAAUCUUCGUUGUGGCUUGCAGCAGCUACAACAUGGUAAUAAGGGAAGACAAUAACACAAACAGACUACGGGAAUCCCUGGACCUUUUCAAAAGUAUCUGGAAUAACAGGUGGUUACGGACCAUUUCUAUCAUUUUGUUCUUGAAUAAACAGGACAUGCUGGCUGAAAAAGUCUUGGCAGGGAAAUCAAAAAUUGAAGAUUACUUUCCUGAAUACGCGCAUUACACCGUACCUGAGGAUGCAACACCAGAUGCAGGAGAAGACCCCAAAGUCACAAGAGCCAAGUUCUUCAUCCGGGAUGAAUUUUUAAGGAUAAGUACAGCGAGUGGAGACGGCAGGCAUUAUUGCUACCCACACUUUACGUGUGCAGUGGACACAGAAAAUAUCCGCAGAGUGUUCAACGACUGUCGAGACAUCAUUCAAAGAAUGCACCUUCGCCAGUACGAACUCUUGUGAGGGGGAUCACCGUGGAACCUGUGGUUUUAAAUUCUUUGCUCCUUACUCUUUCUCUUGAUACUACCCCACACAGGGUGGAAGAAUAUACUAUAGAAAUGUCAGUCUCUUCACUUUGUUUACUUUAAUUAUUUAACCUUAAAGCUGAUUUGAAGCAAGUUUGGGUUGUUUUUCCUUCAUGCUUUUUGGGACUAUUUUUGUGCUUUAUUUUGACAUGCCACUUCUUCGUCAUUCCACUAAGCCCUUUGGCUACCUCUGUUCCCUUAGGUUUUGUUUUUUUAACUGAGCAUGACCUGCUAAAUUUUUUCCAGCAGGUUAACGUCAGUUCAAACUGGUAUGUUAGCUGGAUGACACUAAAAGUCAUACCUAUCCCUCUGUGUGGGUUUCCUUUUUAACAUGACAUUGAAGAGUACUUGAUGGGUGAAAAAAAGAUUAAUGCACUUUGUAUCAGGUUAUUAAAUACUGUUGAGGAAGUAGACACACAAUGUAGCAGCACCACAAUAUUUAUUACUCUGUCACAGUUUUUAGCAUUUCUGAGUUGCAGGUCAACUGAUAAAGUGACCUCCUCUUUUAAGCCGUUACUGGCACAGGAAGUAGAGUAGAUAAUGAGAGGAAUAGUGAAGACAAAGCAAUUUUUCUGGGGUCUUGGAGCUAAGUGUCUCUGCACACCUCAGGCAUUUGAAUUACAGCUACUUUUCAGCCUGUUGCAUCUAGGCAGAAAAUUUACCACCCUCACUUACGUUAUUUGUGCUGUCCACAAAUGAUCCUUUGAGUUCCGAUCAUUCUUGGACAACAGUCCUCUCCCUAUAUAUAUUUUUUUGUUUUACUGCUGGUUUAUUAUAUUGUACAGACUGUAAAAUGUAAUAUUAUUUUGUACAACUUUAUUGAAGAAAAAUACUUGUAGAAGAUCUUUGUGCCUUGAUUAUGGCUGUACCUGUAAAAUGAGCUAAGAUGUAAGUAUGUUUUUGAUUGCGCUGUACAGCUUGAUGUCAACCUUACCUGCAGCAGUGACUGGAGGUAAGAACUUUAUCUGUAGAGUUUAGGGGUUUUUUUCUGGUUUAUAUAAAAAAAAAUGCUCUUUAGUAUAAAAAUUAUAAAUUAUGCAAAUUAACCACUUACCUUUCCAAGUAAGGUAUUACAGUCACCGGAUGUUGCAGCAAACAUGCCUUUCUCUUUUGAAGUCUCAGCUUUAAAACAUUGGAAUUCAUUCGAGUGUCCAAAUUGCAACCUGGUGUUGUUUUAAUGGGAACCAAGGAUUUUAUUUUUUUUCCUUUAUAUUUAGAAGAUAUGUUUGGUAAUUCUUUGGUCAUUCAUAGAACUUCACAAUUGCACAGACCGAUUGUGAAUGUGUAAAGCACCAUUAUAUAGAGCUCUUCAAUCUUUGUACCAACAGCGGCUUUCAUUGUGCAAGUAAAUAGCGAGAAAGAAGAAAAAAGGUGUAUAAACCCUUGUGUCUGGCCUAAGAGAAUUACAAGAUGACAUUUUUAUUUCUCUUUUAAUAAAGAGACACAUUAGAAAAUUGUUUUAUUUUAAAUAUUGUAGAAUCAAAAUGUGUGAAUAUUUCUCAAACUUGAAUAAUUUAUGCAAAUGACAUUCUCAAAACAAGUUGUGGUACAGUACAAUAUAUAAAAAGCAAGAAUUGCUGUAGCAAUAAGGCAUGUCCUUUUUAGUAACUAUAACACUGCUUUAUAUUUUAUACAUAGGUGUUUUAUGUCUGUGACUAUAUACUUUUCCUGUGUCCAAGAUAACCUGUACAAAUGUCUAAAAUUACAGUUGCAAUAACAGAAACC